AUGGGCAAUACCAACGCAAAGCAGUCGGUCUGGGAUCCGAAGACCGAAAGCUACAUUCCCGGCAUCGAACUCGAGCGGCGCGAGGCAGUGAGAAAGGCUCAACAGAACAAGCCCAAACACACUCAUACCAGCAAUGUCGACGCAAUCAACGUUGACGACGAAGAAGACAAGAACGAAGAAGACAACGACGAUCUCAUGGACGUCGAAGGUCUAGGACCAGAUCCAAAACGCCGCAAGGCAACCCAUGGCUCAAACGAACGAGUGUUUGAAAUCAAGAAGUGGGUCCAGAUUCCUGCUGCCGUGGCGGAAAAGAUGCCAGAACCGAAAUACCUUGCCGACCGCCGUCCUGGAAUGGAGAGUCUCUACAAAGGCGCAUACAAAGCUACGAACGGAUUUGGAACCUUGGGAGACAUGACUGCCGGGGACAUGGUUGUCGCGGUAAUGACUGGUCGGACGACGGGAUACGACCUUGGAGAUGGUGGCGGACUCGGAAAUGCUGCUGGCAUUCUCGCUCCAGGGUCUGGACCCGGCACACUCACUGCACAGCCAGACGGCACAGCUACGCCUGUCCGAAAGAACAUGCCUCCCAGGCGUAAGAAGAAGAAGAUUGGUGGCCCCGGGAGGAAACCUAAGAAUCCGAAUCCCGAACCUACCGCCGCCGCUACUGCAUCUGCUGCUACCACCUCCGUGUCUGAGAAUGCCGCCGCCGAAGACACCGCCGCCGCGAGCACCGUCGAGGGAGACGUGACUAUGAGAAACACACCCGAGACGGCCGGUGAAGGCGCAGAAAACGCAGACGGAACGACGCCCGUUCUUAUCCAAGGCGAGGCUAAUACUCAGGCGUCCGCGGAAGGCUCUGGAUCAGAGAGCGAUGGAGAAGGAAGUGAGGAAGGGGAGAUCGCCUCCGUCGUCGUCGCCGCGCCUGCUACAGCUCCUGCUGAUGCUGCCGCGCAAGAAGUCACUACCUCCAAUCCAGUGCAGGACGCUGCCACGGCUGAGGUGGGCGGCACUCCUGAAGAAGAAAAGGACAAGAAGGAAGAAGAGGAAGCCGUUGUCCCCGCCAUUGCUGCUUCUGGCGUUACGCCUAGUGCUGUGAACCCCGAUCUUGAAAAUGAAGAUGACGUGGAUACGGAUGCCAAUGCUGUCCUGCCCUCCGGCCCUGUCGUUGAGCAGGAGGCUAAUAAGAAAGAACACGAAGGCGAGGAAAUGGAUGUCUUGGGAGCGCUCGAAGCUGCAGUGGACAAAGAGGCUGGCGAGGAUGCCUAG